UCUUCUCAUCAACCAUUGUGAAGUAUUGUUAGCCCCGGCCACAAUUUCUGAGUGUUUCUUCUGAUUCUUUGAUUCCCCGUGUAUUGACCUAGGACUGUUUACUUUUCUCUGAUUGCCUGCCUGUUGCCUUUGGACCUUUGAGCUUGCUUCUCCGUCUUUGAUUCUCUGCUGCCUGCCCUGACCAUAGCCUGUUUUAUCGCAAAUGGAUCCAGACGUUUCUGACCCUUCAUCACAGAAUACUUCGCCACAACAGGAUCCAGCGACUCUGUACCAUCUGGUCACCGAAGUUUCCUCUCAAGCUUCCAUGCUAGCUGCCCACCAACAACAAUUCCUCAAGCUCACCUCACUCACUGAGGAGUUGGUAAGAAGCAUGCGAGCACUCACACCACCUUCUGCUACAUCAGCCCCUCCAGCCGCAGCAUCUGCUCACCCAGAUUCUAGUGUAAAUCUGUCCAACAUUAACCCACGUCUCAGCCUUCCUGAAAAAUUUGACGGAACCACCACCAAGUGUAAAGAAUUUUUGCUUCAGUGUUCUGUUUAUGAAUCAACAACCCCAUCUGUACUCCACAGACGACAGCAAGGUCUCAUUUCUAUGUUCACUACUGACUGGUAAGGCGUUGGACUGGGCUACCGCCAUAUGGGAAGGAAGGCGCAUGACCUUUCCCUCAUACGCAAACUUCCUCCGCCAAUUUCGAGACGUGUUUGAGCAUUCCGCGGGAGGGAAAGAGCCUGGUGAGCAUCUACUCAGUCUACAUCAGGGUAAAGACACCGCCGCUGAGUACACAUUAACUUUCCGCACGCUGGCAGCACAGACAGGCUGGGAGGAGGAUCCACUUAAAUUACUCUACCGAAAGGGACUCACUGCUGAUCUACAAUCGGAGCUGGCAUGUCGUGAUGAGGGCAAGACUCUGGAGCAGUUCAUGGAGACUGCCAUUCGCAUAGACAAUUUGAUGCGAGCCCGACGAGGUGCUUAUUCCACUCGCCCCAGCGUGUCACCCUCUUUCAGCUCUGACCCCGAACCCAUGCAGAUCGGCUUAACUCGCCUUCACCCUGAAGAGAGAGAGAGAGAGAAGAAUCCGGAACCAUCUUUGCUUGUACUGUGGACAACCUGGACACCUCCGCGCUUCCUGUCCCACCAGACCAGUUCGCCAAAAUCCUGCUUCGGUGAGUUCUUUACCUUCUGGGGAAUCUUUGAAAAUAACUGUUUGUUUAAAGAUUAAGGAGAGAUGGGUUGAGACCGAAGCCAUUAUUGAUUCAGGUGCAGCGGGUAACUUCAUAGAUGAAUCGUUUGCUAAACUGCAUGAUCUUCCUCUCCUUACAUGUGAACCUCGGGUGGCAGUGGCAGCAUUAGAUGGACGUCCUUUAGGACCUGGAAACGUAACUCUCAUCACCCAGGAUUUAACCCUGCAAACCAGCACUCUACAUUCUGAAACCAUCCGACUGUUCGUCAUUGAGUCCCCCCAUCAUCCCAUAAUUCUCGGGCUCCCUUGGCUGGAGAAGCACAACCCCACUAUCUCCUGGACAGACCGACAAAUAACGCAGUGGUCUCCCAACUGUCAACAACAGUGUC